GGAAUGUCUCGAGUGUACUUGCAUUCAGCUAACCAGACUUCAUGUGCAUCUGCAAAUGGUACAGAACUGAAAUCAAUCACUGAUAAUGAAACCACAAAUGAAAAAUGGACUGAAGACUCCUUUCCAGGAUUAGAAAUACUGUGCACAAUUUAUGUUAUAUACGCUGUGAUCAUUUCGGUGGGUCUCCUUGGAAAUGCGAUCCUCAUCAAAGUCUUUUUCAAGAUUAAAUCAAUGCAGACCGUUCCAAAUAUCUUCAUCACCAGCCUGGCAUUUGGAGACCUACUGCUCUUACUCACUUGCGUGCCUGUAGAUGCAACACGUUACAUUGUGGAUACCUGGCUCUUCGGAAGGAUUGGGUGCAAGCUGCUGUCUUUUAUCCAGUUAACCUCAGUUGGAGUAUCAGUGUUUACACUGACUGUUCUCAGUGCUGACAGGUACAGAGCCAUUGUCAAGCCCUUGGAACUGCAGACUUCAGAUGCACUCCUCAAGACUUGCUGCAAAGCUGGCUGUGUUUGGAUCGUCUCCAUGAUACUUGCAAUCCCGGAGGCUGUUUUUUCAGAUUUAUAUUCUUUCAAUAAUCCUGAGAAAAAUGUAACUUUUGAAGCGUGUGCCCCCUAUCCUGUGUCUGAGAAGAUACUGCAGGAAGCUCACUCCCUGGUUUGCUUCUUAGUGUUCUAUAUUGUACCAUUAGCUGUCAUUUCUGUCUAUUAUUUUCUCAUUGCCAGAACAUUAUACAAAAGUACAUUCAACAUGCCAGCAGAGGAACCUGGUCAUGCCCGUAAGCAGAUUGAAUCCCGCAAGAGAGUUGCAAAAACAGUGCUGGUGCUAGUUGCUUUAUUUGCCUUUUGCUGGCUGCCUAACCACAUCCUCUACCUAUACCGCUCCUUUACAUACCACUCUUCUGUAGAUGCUUCUGCCUUUCAUCUGAUAGCUACUAUUUUCUCCCGUGCCUUGGCCUUCAGCAAUUCCUGUGUCAACCCUUUUGCUCUUUAUUGGCUGAGUAAAAGCUUCCGGCAACACUUUAAAAAGCAAAUCUCAUGCUGCAAGGCAAAACUUGGUGCUAAACCUCCCAGUGCUCCCCAGAGUAACACACCUACCAGAGCGUUGUCGGUCACGGGCAGCACACACGGCUCAGAAAUCAGUGUCACGCUGCUCACAGAUUACAGUAUCACAAAAGAAGAGGAAAGUGUUUAGGCCAUCUGUGGGGAAGAAGAACAGAAAAUGAAUGUCUCUAAUCAUGUUGCUACUAUCUGGAUCCUGGAAGGGGCUGCCUUUGCUUGCACUUUCCGUGCG